ACAGUCCAGCUCUAGAAUCAGCAAAGCAUCUGAAGGGGUCUCGCGGAUUACCCGACAAGAUGAAGAUGUUCCUCGCUUUCUUAUUUCUCUCCUGCUUUGCAAUGGCAAGAACCAAUCGAGUGUAUGUCCACCCAUUCAACCUCUUCAGCUCUGAAAACAUCAGCUGUGAGGUGAUCCAGAGUGAAGAGCACAAGCCGCUGGAGACCGUUCAUCCUCUACCUCCUCUUCCAGGCAGCACAGAUCCAGACCCACGGACGGCCAGUGCAGCCGAGAGCCUAAAGAACCUCACUCAGCGCACUGCCGUGCUUGCAGAGCUCCAGAACUCACUGGGUUUGCGCAUGUACCAGACGCUCAGUCGCACACAGAAACACACCAAUACGCUUCUGUCACCGUUAAACGCAUUCGGUGCAUUGGUGACCCUCUAUUUGGGAGCUUCCAAAAAAACGGCCAUUUCAUACCAGCAGCUGUUAGGACUCAAUCUGGAGUCUGAACAGACAGAUUGCGCUUAUUUUGUUGACGGACACACAGUUUUACGCACGCUUCAGGCCAUCAGUGCACAUGUUGACGAGUCCCGAAAAGAGCUCAGGACCCUCGUGUGGACUUUUGUUAACAGCGAUGCAGAUCUUUCCAAAGAGUUUCUGCGUGGGACUCAAGAUUUCUCGGAUGAUUCUUUUGUUCGAUCGGUGGAUUUCUCCCAGGCAAAGGAUGCAGAAGUGGAGGUCAAUAACUUCAUCCAGAAAACCUCUGACAACAAAGUGAAGAGCAUGUUUAAGGGCGUAACUCCAAAGACUGACCUUCUGUUUGCUAGUUCAGUGCAUUUCAAAGGUAACUGGAAAACUGCAUUUCAACCUGAAGCAACCAGUGACCAGGACUUCUGGACUCAAAAGAACUCCAGUGUUCAAGUGCCCUUCAUGAUGCACACUGGAGACUACAAAUACCUGGAUGAUGCUGGCAGAAAGUGCUCAAUAGUCAGACUGGGUCUCAGCAAGAGGACGUUCAUGUUGCUGGUGCUGCCUCAUGAGGGAGCCAGUCUACAGGACAUCGAGAAGCCGCUCCUCACAGUCAUUCCUACAUGGCUUCGACACCUCAAGGAAAAAUAUCUGGAACUAUCUUUGCCCAAAUUCUCCUUGACUGCUGUGACUGAUCUGAGAUCGGUGCUAUCAGAAAUGGCAGUGGAGAAAUACCUCAUGGGCUCUGAUGCCAGUUUUAGAAGAAUGAGCAGCAAGGAGAACUUCACUGUUGAUAAGGUACUCAACAAGGUGGUGUUUGAGAUGACGGAGGGCGGAUCAGAGGUUCAGAACAGAACUGAUGAUGGCAGAGCUCCUCACAAAGUCACGUUCAAUCGGCCAUUCUUCUUUGCUGUUGUAGAGGGAAACUCAAAUGCCAUAUUAAUGCUCGGCAAAAUCAUCAACCCAACAGCCUAAAAACAUGAUCGCAGUUUUGAUGAUGACUUUAUAAGAAAAUAUAUGCCUACAUUUAUCUAUCUGUAUAGUAAAUCAAUGGACAGCAUUAAGACCAGGUCAACCGGUGAUAUGUUUGUUUAGACAAGCUUAAUUAAACUAGUCUUUAUUCAGAUGUUUUAUGUAUCUGCUAAUUUCAAACUACUGUAAAUAAAAGUAACUGUACAAAGUAAAAUAUGUAAUAAAACUGACUAAAUAACCCA